GUGAGAGAGAGAGAGAGCUAAAAGUUUGGAUUUUUAAGCUGUUAUGAGUGAUAGGGUGGAGAGGCAAAAGGUUUUAUAAUGCCUAAGCAAAAGUGAAACUCUUGGAUUUCCAAAGCUGCGGGCUUUUUGUGAGUUGGGUGAGCCGCGCUCAUGGAUACAGGAAGGCUUGUGGCUGGUUCUCACAACAGGAACGAGUUUGUUCUCAUCAAUGCUGAUGAAGUUGGACGUGUGACUUGCGUCAAACAUAUAACUGGGGAAAUAUGCCAGAUCUGUGCGGAUGAGAUAGAAAUAACAGGGGAUAGAGAGCCAUUUGUUGCUUGCAAUGAGUGUGCAUUCCCUGUUUGUAGACAUUGCUAUGAGUAUGAAAGGAGUGAGGGAACUCAAGCAUGCCCUCAUUGCAAAACUCGAUAUAAGCGUAUUAAAGGGAGUCCAAGAGUUGAGGGCGACGAAGAAGAAGAAAAAACAGAUGAUUUGGAGCGUGAGUUUGAUAUAGGAGACAGUGGAAGAGGGAACCUGCACAGCACAGCAGAGGGCAAGCUGUCCACUCACCUUAACUUUGGGCCCGACUGGCAAACCCACACUCCCGGCAUUACUAUUACAUCAGAGCUGGAUGCAUCUUCUGCUGUUCCUGAAAUUCCGUUAUUAACUUAUGGUCAAGAGGAUGUUGGGAUUUCCUCUGAUAAGCAUGCAUUGACUAUCCCGCCGUUUAUGGGUCGAGGAAGAUGGAUUCAUCCAAUUCCAAAUUCUGAUUCUUCUGUGCCAUUGCCACCAAGAGCUUUGGAUCCAAAGAAAGAUUUAGCAGUCUAUGGAUAUGGAACUGUGGCAUGGAAGGAACGUAUGGAAGAGUGGAAGAAGAAGCAAAAUGGAAGACUUCAGUUUGUGAAGCAUGAAAGAGGAAGUGAUGGACACGAACCAGAUGAUCCUGAUUUGCCCAUGAUGGACGAGGGAAGACAGCCUCUUUCAAGGAAGUUACCAAUUCCUUCCAGCAAGAUCAGUCCUUACAGAUUAAUAAUUAUUCUGCGGCUUGUGAUCCUUGGAUUGUUCUUUCACUAUCGGAUUCUUCACCCCGUGAAUGAUGCAUAUGGAUUGUGGCUUACAUCAGUGAUAUGCGAAAUCUGGUUUGCUAUGUCAUGGAUACUGGAUCAGUUUCCAAAAUGGUACCCAAUUGAACGAGAAACAUACCUUGACCGCUUGUCACUGAGGUAUGAAAAAGAGGAAAGGCCCACCAAAUUAGCCAAUAUAGACAUAUUUGUGAGUACAGUGGAUCCCAUGAAAGAACCUCCUCUUAUAACUGCAAACACUGUUCUGUCCAUACUUGCUGUAGAUUACCCAGUCGACAAAGUAGCAUGCUAUGUCUCAGAUGACGGGGCAGCGAUGCUCACCUUUGAAGCCCUAUCGGAGACAUCAGAGUUUGCGACGAAGUGGGUUCCAUUCUGUAAGAGAUUCAAUAUUGAGCCUAGGGCCCCAGAAUGGUAUUUUUCUCAAAAGGUUGACUAUUUGAAGGACAAAGUGAAUCCGGAGUUUGUGAGAGAACGCCGUGCCAUGAAGAGAGAAUAUGAAGAGUUCAAAGUCCGUAUAAAUGGGUUGGUGGCAAUGGCACAGAAAGUUCCUGAAGAAGGUUGGACAAUGCAGGACGGCACUCCGUGGCCUGGGAACAAUGUCAGAGAUCAUCCUGGAAUGAUCCAGGUUUUCCUUGGCCAAAAUGGUGUCCGUGAUGUUGAAGGAAAUGAAUUACCUCAGCUAGUUUAUGUCUCUCGUGAGAAGAGACCUGGUUUUGAUCAUCACAAGAAAGCUGGAGCCAUGAAUGCUCUGGUGCGGGUCUCAGCAGUCAUCACAAAUGCCCCUUAUAUGCUGAACGUGGAUUGUGAUCACUAUAUAAACAACAGCAAGGCUCUUCGAGAAGCCAUGUGCUUCAUGAUGGAUCCAAUUUCGGGCAAGAAGAUAUGUUACGUGCAAUUUCCACAGAGAUUUGACGGGAUAGAUCGUCAUGAUAGAUACUCAAAUCGUAAUGUAGUAUUUUUUGACAUAAAUAUGAAGGGUUUGGAUGGCAUACAAGGACCAAUUUAUGUUGGAACUGGUUGUGUCUUCCGGAGGCAGGCUUUGUAUGGAUAUGAUGCCCCAAUAAAAAAGAAACCUCCUAGGAAAACAUGUAACUGUUGGCCGAAAUGGUGCUGCUUGUGUUGUGGAUCUAGAAAAAGGGAUAGGAAAAUGAAGUCGAAUGAGCAAAAGAAGACAGUGAGGAACAGGGAGGCUUCAAAGCAGAUCCAUGCACUGGAAAAUAUUGAAGAGGGAAUUGAAGGUAUAGACAAUGAAAAAUCAUCACUGAUGUCCCGAGUGAAGUUCGAGAAGAAGUUUGGUCAAUCCCCGGUUUUCAUAGCUACAACCCUGAUGGAAGAAGGUGGCGUCCCAAAGGGAGCCACUACUGCAUCACUUUUGAAAGAAGCCAUUCACGUCAUUAGCUGUGGUUAUGAGGACAAAACAGAAUGGGGAAAAGAGGUGGGCUGGAUAUAUGGCUCCGUUACAGAGGAUAUCUUAACAGGCUUCAAGAUGCACUGUCAUGGCUGGCGAUCUGUAUUCUGCAUGCCUAAGCGGCCCGCUUUCAAGGGCUCAGCUCCAAUAAACCUCUCAGAUCGCCUGCAUCAGGUUCUCCGUUGGGCUCUUGGAUCGGUUGAGAUCCUUUUGAGCAGGCAUUGUCCGAUAUGGUAUGGAUAUGGCUGCGGCUUAAAAUGGCUAGAGCGGUUUUCUUACAUCAACUCGGUCGUCUAUCCUUUGACGUCCAUUCCCUUGAUCGCAUAUUGUACUCUUCCAGCUGUUUGUCUUCUAACGGGAAAGUUCAUUGUCCCUGAGAUAAGCAACUAUGCUAGUCUCAUUUUCAUGGCACUCUUUAUAUCCAUCGCGGCUACAGGCAUCCUCGAGAUGCAGUGGGGUGGUGUCGGCAUCCACUACUGGUGGAGAAACGAGCAGUUCUGGGUAAUUGGGGGGGUCUCAUCUCACCUGUUUGCUCUCUUCCAGGGUCUACUAAAAGUUUUGGCCGGCGUCAACACAAACUUCAUGGUCACGUCCAAAGCCGGAGACAACGGAGAGUUCUCUGAGCUAUACCUCUUCAAGUGGACAUCCUUGUUAAUCCCUCCCUUGACUCUGCUCAUCCUAAACAUAACUGGAGUCAUUGUCGGCGUUUCAGAUGCCAUCAACAAUGGCUACGAAUCUUGGGGUCCACUGUUGGGCAAACUAUUCUUUGCUCUGUGGGUCAUUGUUCAUCUGUAUCCCUUCCUCAAGGGAUUCAUGGGAAAACAGGAUCGGGUACCCACGAUCAUAAUUGUUUGGGCAAUUCUUCUCGCCUCGAUAUUAACUCUUUUAUGGGUCCGAAUAAACCCAUUCAUUUCCAAGGACGGCAUUGUGCUAGAGGUGUGUGGAUUGGAUUGCAACUAGGAUUAGGUGAGUUAGGAAUGUUUUAGUAGACUAAAAUUUUACCUGUAGAAUUUUUGUUACUGUAGUUUACGAUCGAUUGUGUUCGUCGGUUGAAGACUCGAAGCGGAGGGCACCCUCUUGCGAUUUGCAGUGGGAUUCAUCAAGGAGAAGGCUCCUUGAAGGGUGUAUGUACAAAAAAUGAAAAUUGGAAAAGGAGAAAGGAAAAGAAUGAUUUUUGGCA